UUUAGUGAGGCUCCAAAGGCAAUAGUGCACUAAAAAAGUGAAAAUUCAUGAGAGAAUUCCGCGGAAUAAUCUCAUUCAAACUCAUCCUGGCCCGACAGAAAAGAGAGACAUAGCCCGGACGUGAUGGUUUGGCAUUAAUAGAUAUUUAAAUGGCAGUGGGUGGGCCUUCGCGCGCACGGAGCUCUUUGACAGAUCUGCAAAUAUAUCCGCGGAGGAAUAUCAUUUAAUUCAAGUAGGCCGGACACACACAGGCGCACAGGACUGGUUCUGUUGGACCCGACCCGCUUGGACUCCACUGGCAUUUUGUGCUCUGUUAUUGAAGGGUGUUUUUGCAUUGGCACCGCCCUUCCUGGCGGGGUGGGUCCGUGCGUCAGAGCUGCGCCACAGUCUGCAGCCGCUGGAGAAAAUAGGCCGUCCUUCUUCUGGGGUGCUGCCUGCCUGCCUUCCUUCCACGGCGUCCGGCCUUUUUUUUCUCUCUUAAACAACUCCUCUCCGAGUUUAUUAAUGCGGAAUGAGUGAGCCAAAAAUGGAAGCAAUGGCCACAGAUGGGGGGAAAACCAGUGGAGAAGGGGGUACGAAAGGGAAAAGUUGUGGAUCACAGGAUGCACAGCCAUCCCCCCUCGCAUUGCUUGCAGCGACAUGCAGCAAAAUAGGAGGUGUUGGUGGUGACGGUCAGGGUGCCACACCACAGCAGAUAAUUAUCGACCCGAAUCAGGGUCUUCUGCAACUCCAGAACCCUACGCAACAGCUCGAGCUAGUUCCUGCGCAGUUAACAGGAAAUGGCUGGCAGAUCAUUGCGACUUCCCCUGCUGCUGCGGCUGCAACCGUAACCAAGGACAACGUUCAGCAGUCAGGGGUUGCAACCAGUGAAGGCACGGCUGGACGGAAGUUUAAGGCGGUCACUUCAAAUAAUGCGCCUGCUGGACAGCAACAGCAACAAUUUCAAAUCAUCCAGGUGCAGAAUUUGCCUAACUCAACAGGCGGAAUUCAAUAUCAGGUGAUUCCGCAUUUGCAGACCGCCGAUGGACAGCAGAUCCAAAUAAGUCCAAAUAACCCUGCGGCCUUAAGCGUUCAGCCGGAACAGAUCCAGCUUAUCCCUACCGGAAACAACCAAGCCAUUUUGGCCACGUCCCAAAGGGCGGGGUCGGCCAGCAUCGUCACGCAGAAUCUAGCCAAUCAGACGAUUCCGCUUCAGAUCAGGCCGUCAUUCCCUCUCCAAUUGCAAACCAUUCAGGGUACGCAAGCGCCUAUGGUGACUACGUUGCCAAUUAAUCUUGGCGGCGUAACGUUGGCUUUACCGGUUAUCAACAACGUUGCUGGAAGUGGAGGGUCUGUUCAGCUAGUCCAGUCAAGUGAUGGAAGUAUUUCGAAUGGCAACCAGUUGAUGACGACAACCGUCGCUAGUACCGCCGAAUCCACGGGUGUUUCAGCUUGCACAACGACUUCGUCAGGAACCGAUUCCAUUGUUGCAACCUCUACAGAUGGUAUGACGUUACCUACAACAGCUGUGGUGUCCACUGGAACUACAGAGGCCCAGAAGGACAAUCAGGGCCAGUCGGGCGAGACGGACGCCCAGAACAUAGCUCAAUCCAACGGGAUUCAACCCGCAUCAGAACAGACCAGCCAAAUCCAGCAAUUCCAAAUCGUGGGUCAUCCGGUUCUCCAACAGGUCCAGAUCCAAUCGCCCCAGCAGCAGGUGGUACAGGGAUCCAUACAGAUCCAACCAGGCCAGACUUUACAACCAGUCCAGCAGAACCUCCAGCUUCAGGCCUUCCAGAACCCAACGCAGGUUCUGAUCCGAACGCCAACUCUCACGCCCUCAGGGCAGAUCAGCUGGCAGACCGUUCAGCUGCAGAACAUGGGCUUACCCCAACAGCUGACUCUCGCCCCAGUGACGUCAAAUGCGAGCGGGGGCACUUUCACUCAAAUCGCCCCACUAACGCUCGGAGGGUCGCCCAUCACGCUCAGCGCCGCACAGCUGUCCUCUGGGACAGGGGUGCAGACAGUGAAUAUCGCGGGUUUGGGUACGGCUGGGGUCCAGGUGCAGGGUGUACCGCUCACCAUCACCGGCAUGCAAGGUCAGCAGCAGGGUCAAGAGGGGGUCAAAAUACAGUCUGCCCCAGUGACGGUCACCGUUGGCAACAUCAGCAGCACGACCCUGGGUGCAGUGAGUCCGGAUCAGAUGGGGCAGGUCCAGAGCCUCUCUGACCAAGAAGGUCAGCCCAGCAAGAGACUACGCAGGGUGGCCUGUUCCUGUCCCAACUGCAGAGAUGGAGAGGGGAGAAACAACAGCGACCCCUCAAAGAAGAAACAGCAUGUGUGUCAUAUGGAGGGUUGCGGAAAGGUUUACGGUAAAACAUCUCACCUGAGGGCUCACCUGCGCUGGCACACGGGAGAAAGACCUUUCGUCUGCAACUGGAUCUUCUGCGGAAAGCGCUUUACAAGGAGCGACGAGCUACAGCGACAUCGCAGGACACAUACGGGUGAGAAGAGGUUCGAGUGUCCGGAAUGUUCCAAGAGGUUCAUGCGGAGCGACCACCUGUCAAAGCAUAUCAAAACCCACCAGAACAAGAAAGGUGGGGCGGCACUUACCAUCAUCACCACAGAGGACAUGGAGGAAGAUGUGGACGAGGUCCUGGGCUCGCCGCAGAAUGUUACCGUGGCGUCACUCUCGCAGGAUUCGAACCCGGCCACGCCCACGACUUCAAACAAUUUAGAGGAGGAGUUUGAGUAGUUUUCCCUCCAAAUAUUAUUGGCAAAAAGCGCCAUGUUAUUGUUUCUUUGUUUAUAAAUGUUCAUUUGUUUAUGUUCCUUCUUUUUCUAUUGAGAAUGGACAGAUGUUUGAGCGUAGUUAAUUCAUUUUCUUUCUUUUUUUUUCAAAUGGAAAUUUAAUACUAUCAAAUAUUAUGACAAAAAUAAUCUAUGGAAAUAAUAUGAGCUGUAAGAAGACAAAAGAUUACGCAUUGAAUGAUGGAGUUUGUUUUAUUUCGAGUAGCACAAGAAGUUUCCUGAUGACUGAAAAUGUGUGGCUAUGCACAAAAAGUUUAUGUUUUCAAAAUUGUUAUUAAUUGAGUAUACAGUUUGUUCCAGUCGGGGAUGAAAAUCUUGUCUUGGAGCCUCGCAUUUCACAGCUGCAAUCGCGCAUUGGUCUGUAGUUUUGCAUGCGAUCAGGCCAGGAGGUUGCACAUGAUCUGUGUUGGUAGCAGUCAGAUGUAUGAAAAUCGUUAGUGCAUGUUAAAGGGAUAGUUCGCCCAAAAAAUAACACUUCUGUCAUCAAUUACUCUUACAUCAUUCUUUGACCAUUCACUUUCAUUGCAUCUAUUUCCAUGCAAUUAAAGUGAAUGGUGACUGAGGUUGUCAUUUUGGCUAAAAUCUCCUCUGAACAACAUGAGGAUGUGUAAAUGAUUUCAGAAUUCACAUUUUGGUUGAAAUAUCCCUUUAAGAACCUUAGCACAAGCUAUUUGAGUGACGUGGUCAGUUAUUGACCAAUCACAGCCUCACGUACAGAAUGGUUUAGGAAUUAAGGCCGCAGGCCUGGCUCCAGCACUAAGAUGUAAGGUGGGCCAUAGGACCCGCCGGGUGGGCCGAACAGUUGGAGGGGUGGGUCUAGGUGUCGUUCUCAAGGUGGGCCAAGUUCAUGAUUGGGUGGGCCAGGCCCCCCGUGGAGCCGGGCCUGUAAGGCCAUGCGUUUUGGAUGACUUGUAUAAUUAUAAUAUUCUGCUCUGCACAAGAGGAACGUGUCCCGACACAUUGAACUUGUGCAGAUUUGUGGCAGUAAAAUCAAAUUUAUACAGGAGAAAUAAGAGUAUAGAAAAUGAUUUAUGGGCAGUUUAAAAAAAAGCACAUUUAAUUUACAAACGAUGCAUUCCAGUUAAAGGGAUAUAAGAGUAAAAACAACUUUCAUUAUUUACUAAAAAUUAAACUUAAGUUGUUCAAAACCCACAUUACUUUCUUCUAUGGAUAAAAAGAUGCAAUGAAAGUGUUCCACUGAAGAAAGACAGUGAAAUGGUUUGGAACAACAUGAGAGUGAGUAAACAAUGACAGACUUUUCAUGUUUGGAUUAACUGUCCCUUUAAGACAAGAUAGUGAUUUGAAAGACAUUUCUGUAAAAGAAAGAAAAAAAUCAAAUCUAGCUUUCUAAACAUGCUAUGUUCAAUGAAAGCAAUAUUAUAAAGACAAUCUUUGUAAAACCAUGUUUACAUUACCAAAGGGUAAAAUAGGUUUCUUUACGGAAAACAUCUAGAGACGUUCUCUCUUAUCUCUCUCUAGUUGUAUGAACUGUACUCUGAUGCCUUAACAAAGACUGCAGUACCACAACGUUACGGCUGGGUGGCGAUGUUGGCUUCAUUUAAAAAUAUAUUCGUGUGCCAUAGUGCCCAGCUGACCACACAAUCUUUUUAUACAAUGCUGAAUACUUUGGCCAGUGAAGACGAGAUAUUAUCUGGUUGAGAUGUAGAUUGGGUCCUGAGCCCAACCCUCGACCCACAUCAGUGCUCGGCUCUUUUCUUCAAAUGUGUGUCCACCUGUUGCCCAUUGACAUUCGUGAUCACUUCAAAGAGAUUCAACCCUGUUUCACGCAUAAAUACCGAUGGUACCGGAUGUCUUUAUAAACUUCUCCACCAUCGGGCCGAACUGUUUUCGUUGUGGAAUCGUGGUGUUCCAGUUCACGGUUUCUUGUUCCAUUGUGGUGCUGCGAAAUCAAGAUUUGAAAGGACUGCCUGGCAAGUGGCAAAUCAUCGCCACGUACUAAAGUUGUUCCGGGAACGGUUUUAUUAUCGUACCGAGCCGUUCUCUAGUGCGAAUGCUACUGAAACCGUUCGGCCCGAUGACGGAAAAGCAGCUUUUGUUUAAAGCCACUUAGUUCAGUUCGAUGUUCAGAAAUUUGUGUGGUUGCAUUCUAAUUCGUGAGUUUUCCAGGUUUGCUUAUUGUUAUCUUUAUUUUUUAUAGUGUGUUUUAUUUCAGGCCCCGCUUUUUGGUUACCACACAGCACGAGUAGAUGACGCCUGUGUGUAAUUUAUUAUUUAUCCUUAUAUUAGUAUUUGCUAAUGUGUGUUGUGCGCUGUUAAUGCAGAGAUAACGUGCUGCAUGGUUCAUUUUCGCUAAUCUAUUUAGUAACGAUCUGUUAUUUCUAAACGUGGUCCUUUUAGAAAGUAAAAGCAUGGCUUUUAAUUUAUCUGACUUUUCACACCAUAACGUGUUUCAGAGAGGAAAAAAAAUAAGUCUAAAAGAAGUGGUUGAUACCAAACAAUUAUAAAUAGAUGUUUUUUGGUAAUAUUUUCUGUGGCAACCGAUUUUUUUAUUUAAUAUUUUCUAGUGACACCUCAUUUGUAAAUCAUUUUUCUAAGAUGUUUCUUUGUCCUCAUGGCAUUUGAUAAUGGGGGUUUUGCCAGGUUAGACUGAAAGUCUGCAGUUUAUUGAUAUUUUUAAAAUAACUUUGUACAAACGUGUUAUGGUAUUGAGUGAACAAAACGAGGAAAAAGAAUACAAAUCUUUGCCUGCAUAACACUUGAAAUUAAAGUGAGUAAUUCUGUUUAAAUAUACCAUGUCUAGUCUAAUUCUUCAUUAUUUAUUUUAAUCUACACAGGGAACACUAAUGCACCUAAACAACGCCCUCUACUGGUACAUUAGUAUGAGUUUUCAGAAAGAGAGGUAGCAAUUUUUUUUAAGUGCAUGCUCAUAGUUGAGGCCGAAAAAUACUCUACGCAAGUACUUGAAUGCAGAUGCGUACGCUUGGCCAGCGCACGGUCCGGUUGAUCAUGCUUAACAUGCGUUCUUGCGCUACUGUGGUGGGGAUAAACCUCAGUACUCAAGGGGGUGAUAGAGUCUCCAUCAAAAGUCUGUGCCGUUAAACUGGAUCUGUUAUUAUUCAGGUAAGUUGAUAUAAAUAUAUUCACUUUAACUUACUUGCUCUGCAGUAUUUGCUUCAAACUGUUGCUCCACCAUGAGAGAAGUUGACCUGAAAGAGAAAACUCACCAUAGAAGCAGACAGUUUCACAAUAGUCUCAGUAUAGUGCCCCUUGUGGCAACUUUGAGAAUGCAUCGCAUACUUGUGGUGUGUUACGAAUUGUGGUCAAUUCGUGAAAUCGAGCUUGCGUUGCAUGAUGCGACUGAGUACACGUACUUGCGUAGAGUAUGUUUCGACCCUUUGACCCUUUGAACAAACCACUAACCCUAAAGGCGCGGCGAGAUUCUGCAGGCAAAGAAAUUGUUGAACCCCAUGCAAAAUUCACGUAAGGAAAUUCUUCGCCACCGGAUUUCCCAUUCACACAGAUUCCAACUGACUGUAUUUUAGUUGGAAAGAAUACAAUUUAAACUAAAUCUGUAAAUGUUGUAGAGCGAAACAUGUUUAAUCAGUUUACGGGUAGUUAGCAAAUAAUGCACAUUUCUCAUUGCUUUAAAGCUAAAUUAUUUAAUUUCUGCGCCACUAGCACCAACAAACAGCUUCAAGCCAUUAUCAGAUCUGACUAGACUGAGAAAAUCAUUUCAACUCACUGCUUUGCAGCAAACGUAAAAAGCAAACAUUAUUACAGAUAUGUUUGUAACUCAUAUCAUUAUAAUAAUUGUAUAGUUAAGAAUACAUGCGUAUUUAUGGUGGUUUUGUGUUGUACUUUCGUUUAACCGUCUAAUCUGUCAAAUCUAACACAGUCUUAUCGGCUUUCUGCCACCACGUACUGUGCAUGCGCUGAUAUAUUUGUAAACAAUAGGAUUGGUCUAUACAAAGAUGACUUCUCUGAACAACGCGAUUUUGACCAGGUGCGACUUACAUUCAAGUGCGACUCUAUUUCCGAAAAAUCCGGAGCUUUAGCUUUAAUGCAGUGUUUCUCAAACUAUGGUUCUCGACGUGUAGUAAGCUUGCAAUUAUUUCCUUCAGGCCGAAACAUACUUUACGGAAGUAUGUGAACGCUUCAAGCAACACAAGCUUGAUUUUGUUCGUAAUUGCGUUCUAAAAUGUUCCAAUAUUCAAACUAUUGCUGCACCAGUAACUGUAGUAGAAAGGAUGGACAGAUCGAUCCUACAGGUGUAUUGAGACGAUUGAUACAUGCAUAAAAAUAUGGAUACUCAAGGUUUUUACUUAACUAGUGACUUUUAUUAUUUAUUUACCCUAAAAACGAUUGCGUUUCAUAAGAUUCAAAGUAACAAAAACAAUUGACUAUAAGCAAAUAGUUGCAUAUGAUUGGAUCCAAGGGCGUAGAUUUGGCUUGAACAUUGGAGGGUUACAGUGUGAAGAAUUGACAUGUUUACAUUAAUCAUGGUAUAAAUAUUGGGGGGUUGUAUUUGCUUGUUUUUAUUAUUGGGGGGGGGGGGAUGGGGGGUUACCUCCACCCCAUCCCCCCUGGAAUCUACGCCCCUGAUUGUAUCCAUUUCUCCUUCCUCUAAUCUUCAUGAGCAGUUGUAGACAGCGCUCAGUCACAGCCCUUGUUUAUUAUAAAUGUAUUUAAGUAAAAAAGAUUGAAUAUGUUCUGUUGUUGAUAAUAAAUGUGAAACAGAUCUGGAUGUCUGGUAACUUGCAGGUUAGGUCUAUAAAUGUAAAAUUUGAUGGACUUUAAAUCAAAUAUUAUCCCUGUAAAGCCUGACAUAUGAAAAAAUAUUGACAGUAAACUGUUUUUAGUGCUAUUAGACAAACUAUAAAAAGAUUUUGAUUAAAUUUUUUGCAAGUAUUUUUUCUUCUGUAUCAUAUUUGGUACAUUAGGCUUUAAAGGUCAUUUUUCUCCUGAGGCCCAGCGAUUCAUUUGUGUGCAGGACAUUUGUUAUGUAAGUUUUUCUACAGUGGUAAAUCUUGGGGUAUUAUCAGAGGACUCCCUGGGCUUUUCAGAGAUACCAAAUGUUUGAGAGUUUGGCCAUGACAACUUCCUCUACUUGCUCUAUAAAUAUGGAUUGAAACGUAUCACAGUUCAAAUACAAUUUGAAUAAAAUAUAAUUCUUUCAAUAACAUUUUUUUAUCAUAUGUAUUUUAUGCACCAAACACUAUAUUGACAUUUAAAAAAGGGAAAUUGUAAAACUUUUUUCGCUGGGUCUCAGGACAUCAUAAUAGCUUGUAAUGUCAAAUAAUGACAGAGCAGGCUACAGAUAUGAAAAUACACCGAAAUAUUAGUUCACACUUUAAAUAUGUCUUAUAAAAUGUAUAGGUCAGAAUUUUCAAAGUGAUGUUUUUUGUGGUGGGCAUGAAUGUAGUGUAAUGUAGAUUGAGAGAUAAACCUCAAAAGUCUGUUGAAUCAUAUUUGAUACGUGGAUUUCAAAGGGGCAUUUUCAAUCAAAUAAUAUACAAAAUUUUAACCAAGCACAAGUUGCUUAGGCUAUGUUCAGACUGCAGGCAAAUCAGAUUUAAUCUCAAAUCAGAUCUUUUCAGGCAGACUGUCCACACUAUUAAUUGCAAGUGAUCAGAUUUGCGCAUUCAGACAUAACCAACCUAUCUGCAUGGUUUGCAUUGGUAAAGACAUAGGCGUACCCAUGUGACGAAGCUUUCAAAACAGAUGCAGGAAAAAUGGAGGUGCAUCAUCUUACUCUCCAAAUAAGCGCCCUCUCCAGUCGCGGUGCAGAACUCCUCCGUUGCACAAGAAAAACUCAGCGACGGAGGAGACUGGUAAAUAUUGUGAUGUUCCGUGCUGCAGUCACCGAUUUUUGACGUCAUCGUUGUGUGUCGUGUUAAGAGUGACGCAAAAGACCAUUUGAAAUCCGAUUUGAGCAGCCAGAGCGUCCGGACUGAGACGCAUCUGAAAAAAUCUGAUUUAAAUCGCAUUUGAAACCACCUCCCGAUGUGGUUUGAAUCAGAUUCGGAAAAAUCUUGAUUUCAUGUGUUUUUUUGCUGUCCAGACUAUCAGAAACUCAUCUGGAUACAAUCUGGAUAUGCAAAAAAUCUGAUUUUUAGUGGCAGUCUGAACAAGGCUUUAUAUUCAGCAGAUACUCAUUUUAAAAUAUCAGUAACAUUUUAAAUAGAUCGAUAUAAACAUUGAAACCAUUUUUGUUUUCACAAAUAACCACUAGAUGGUGCCAUAAACGUGGAACUUAAAUACCAUAGGUUGUUUGGCUCGUCAGCUUGAACAGUGAGUGAAACAGGAGCCGUCAAACAUUGUGCAUCAUAUUUCAUACACACGUUAAGUGGCUAAAAUUACUUUUGUCCUCAGAAAUCAUACACAAAAAACAUUUAAUAGAUAUCUGCGAUAUUUUGACCUUAAUAGUACUUGGUAUCGGAUCAGAAAGAAAGUAAGUGGCAUCGUCCAUCCCUACGUAUGUAGUUGGCUUGAAAAAGAAAACUCGCCAUAGGAGUGGACAGUUUACACGAAUGCACGCUAUAGCAACCCUUGUGGCAAUGUUGAGAAUUACAACUUAAAUUGUGAAUUGUGGUCUGAAACAUUUUGGAACACAACAAUGCACGAAAUCAAGCUUGCGUAGCUAGAAGCAUCUGCGUUCAUGUACUUAAGUAUGUUUCAGCCUCAAUUCAUAAUGCAACGCGAGUACGCAUUAAAUAAAAAAGCGUAUAAAUUUAAUGGAUAUAGCAAAUACAGCAUAUUGCACAGUUUUGGAAGCGUGGGUUCCAGGUAAACAGAAUUUCUCAUUUGGGCCAAGAAAGCUUAAAAAUGCUACUUGCUGUGAUGCAAAACAAAUGAAUGUUUUACUGUAUUUGUACAUCAUGAUAGUGUUUGUUAUACCUUUAUAUUAUUUUGAUUUAAGAUUUAAGAUUUCAUUCUUUUUUUAUUAAUACAGUAUAAAAAUAUAGAAUCUGAGAAUCCAAAUUAAAGGUGCACCAAGUUACUUUUUGAAUAUGUCACACAAUAGUUACAGAUGCCAUUGUAGAAAUUCACUAUUCACAAUAAGCCAUGAUUAAUUUAAUCCAUGAGUAAAAGUGUUCAAUAACAGGGCAUUUACUGAGAUUAAGGGAGUAGUAUUUGUCUGGUCAUGUUUUCCUAAUAUGGCAGCCCCCAUGUGUGGACCCUCUCCAUAUAGAAUAAAACAGCUUUUAUAAGGUUACUGUUAUGACUGGAGUCUUCAUCGCAUGUGAGUGCAAAAUCACUUCAUUCCUUAAGGAGAAAAACUAUUAUAAUGAGGAAAAAAUUACUGAGUGCACAUUUAAAAGUGAGA